AUGGAGCUGGGACUGUUGAACGUUAUUCUCUGGUGUAGCUUGUUCCUCGGCGUUCGAGCACAAGCCUACAAACUGAAAGAGCCGGUCAAGAUUACAGAUGCUAACUGGACUAGUGUCAUGGACGGGGAAUGGAUGAUAGAAUUCAUGGCUCCCUGGUGCCCCGCUUGCAGGUCUUUCAAAGAGGUCUGGGAGGAGUUUGCAGGUUGGGGGCAUGAUCUAGACAUCUCGGUGGCAGUCAUUGACGUCACGGAAAAUCCAGGUCUUAGUGGAAGGUUUCUAGUGACAUCGCUGCCCACAAUCUACCAUGUGAAAGAUGGAAUGUUCCGUCAGUAUUCAGGCAGCAGGAAGACCACAGAUCUCAUCGAACUGAUUGACGAGAAGAAGUGGAGCAGCAUCGAGCCUGUCGCCUGGUACCGAGACCCCAGCUCAGUGCAGAUGGGUGUACUUGGUGCAUUUUUCAAGGCUGCGAUGUUCUUUCGGGGUAUAUACAGCACACUAACAGAAGUCUAUGGUAUACCGGAGUGGUUAUGUUAUGUGAUUUUUGCUGUCUUAACUAUUGUUGUUGGCUUGAUCCUUGGAUUGCUGCUGGUGUUGUGCUGCGACAGUGUGUUCCCAGCCAAGUACAUACCGCUGCCUCCACAGAAGAUUGCCUACAACCCCAGCGCUAUACCAGCUAAUGACACUGACCUGAUAGAUGACACAGUCAACGACAGCGGAGACCAAAAAAGUGGCCAGGAGAGCGGGGAUGAAGACCGCGAGUCGCAAGAAGGGGCAGGAGAGCCGGACUCUAACCAGUCAACCCCAGUUGAAGAUUCUGAUUUGCGGAAACGACAGCUUCGCAAAGAUCAGUAA